AACCUACACCAAUACAUCACCAUGACCACCACGCGUAGGAACAAACAGCCCCAGAAGGAUAUGGAGGUCGACUCCACUGCCAACGCCGAGGUGGACAUGGACGUGGAUGCCGAAGAGGUGGAUGAUGAGUUCAACGAUGAAGACAACUCCAACUUCAACCCCGAACAACAGGCCCCAUCCACAAAACCAACACCCAAUCCCGCCGUCAACUUCGGUCUCGAUAUCCCCGAGCUCGCCCGAAAGGACAAAACCCUCCAAGAAGUGCUCGAGCUCUUGGACGGAGAUUAUGCCCCCAUUAUUCCAGAUGCGGUGAUUGACUACUACUUGGCCAAAAAUGGGUUUGAGUCGUCGGACGUCAAGAUCAAGCGCUUGCUCGCGCUAGCCACACAGAAGUUUGUGUCGGACGUGGCCCAGGAUGCUUAUGAAUACUCUCGGAUCAGAAAUCUGUCCACGGUUUACAACUCGGCCAAUCCACAAGCCAGAGCAAAACAGCUUUUACAAGGCCAGCAGUAUGCCAAUCUGCAACAGAACCCCGGUGCCAGUGCUGAUGGGGAUGGACCUCUGCAGCCGUCUACCAGUAGUGCUGGUAAUCUGCAGGGAAAAGCGGUGUUGACGAUGGAAGACUUGAGCAGCGCAUUGACGGAGUACGGCUUGAAUACGUCGAGACCCGAUUUUUAUCGCUAGUUUUUAGCUAAUGUACAUUAUGAUGAGUGCUGGG